AUGGUUCCCAACGAAGGUGAACCGGUAAUGGGCAACGAAACAGGAAAAGUCGAACCUUCAUUGCUCAACCCGGGAAAUUCCUCUGAAUCUCCGAAAGGAGCGUCAUCGGACAAUGAAGGUCUCUGCAUUCUGCCAUCCGAUAAGGGAGGUCUGCAUCGCGCAACCACUAAAGUCCACCCCCAGACCUGGACCGAGAAGGCGAUAAGCCCCACCGACCUGAGCACGUCUGAAACACGCAAUCGAGAUGUGUUGUUCAAAAAUUUAUCAGUCAGUGGGACAGGAUCUGCGGUUCAGAUUCAGCAGACGGUGCUUUCAGCGGCUCUUUCCCCCCUGGUGUACCCCGUGAAACGCUUCGUAAGCAUUUGCGGUGAAAGGAAACAGCGCGAUCGACGAACUAUAUUACACGGCUUCGAUGGGAUCGUACGCAGCGGUGAGUUGCUACUGGUGCUGGGCCGUCCAGGAAGCGGGUGUUCGACAUUGUUGAAAGUGCUGUGUGGUUAUCUCGAUGGCCUAAUUCUAGAUCCUGGCAGUGAGAUUCAGUACAAGGGUAUACCAUUUGCAACCAUGAUCAAACAUUACCGUGGCGAGAUAGUGUACAGUGCAGAGGCCGAUCAUCACUUCCCAAACUUGACAGUGGGUCAAACACUCGAGUUUGCGGCACAUGCACGAGCACCACGCAAUCGAUUGGGCAGUAUCAGUCGCAAUCAGUAUGUCGAGUCUGCCGUGAGAGGGGUCAUGGACACCUUUAGCCUUUCUCACACAUACAAUACGAAUGUAGGAAAUAGCUACAUCCCAGGUGUUAGUGGAGGAGAGAGAAAGCGAGUGAGCAUCGCCGAAAUGGUAUUAUCACGGGCCUCAGUUGGGGCAUGGGAUAAUAGCACGUGUGGUCUUGAUGCAGCCACUGCAGUCGACUUUGUUCGCGCUCUCCGAACCUCCGCCAAACUUGCAGGAUCCUGUCAUGCAGUCGCCGCAUAUCAAGCGCCGGAGGCGCUAUAUGACACCUUUGACAAAGUAAUCCUCCUCUAUGAGGGCCGACAGAUAUACUUUGGCAGCCGCGAGGGCGCUGUCAUGUACUUUGAGAAGAUGGGAUGGAAACGACCACUCCAACAAUCGAGCGCGGAUUAUCUCACUGCCGUCACCAACCCCGGGGAAAGAGAAUGCCGACCCGAUAUGGAACACACCGUCCCCCGUACACCACAGGAGUUUGAGACACACUGGAAGCAAAGCCCGGAGUACGCAAAACUACAAAUUUCGAUGACAGAGUACAAGGAAAACAACCCUCUGGAUGGAUCAGCAGAGGCUCAACUGAAGCAAACCAAGCGUCUUGAACAAGCAACCUAUGUUCGGCCAUCGAGUGCAUUUCUUCUCUCUAUGCCUAUGCAAAUCCGAUUAUGUAUGGCGAGGGCAUGGCAGCGGACUCGCAAUGAUAUACCUGCCCUGGUAGCUACGGCGGUUGCUCAGAUGGUGGUCUCCCUUAUCAUUGGGUCCUUAUUUUGCAAUAUUCCAAAUAAUACAGAGGGGUUAAAUCAAAGAGCGUCGGUCCUCUUUCUAGCUGUUUUGACCAACGCCUUGAUCUCUUUGCUUGAGAUUAAUACUCUAUACAGCCAACGACCAAUCGUGGAGAAACAAGCCGCCUACGCCUUUGUUCACCCUUCUACAGAGGCAAUCGCUGCAGUCGUCGUGGAUUUCCCUGUCAAGUUUCUGCGAUGUGUUCUAUCAGCGAUUGUUGUGUACUUUUUCGCAAAUCUGCGUCGAGAGCCUGCUCAGUUCUUCAUAUAUAUUCUCUUCCAACUCACGGCAGUGAUGACUAUGGCCACAAUGUUUCGUACGUUGGCUACUGUUACUAAAACCAUCGGACAAGCGAUGGCUCUGGCCGGAAUCACAAUUAUCUGCGUCGCAGUAUACACGGGAUUCACGGUCCCUCAGUUCAAUAUGCGGCCGUGGUUCGGCUGGAUCCGAUGGGCCAACCCAAUAUUUUACGCCUUUGAGGGUAUUGUGGCCAAUGAAUUUCACGGCCGACGUUUUCAAUGCAUGGAAUAUAUCCCAGCCUCGGCUUUCCAUCAAGGGCUAGCAUUUACGUGUGCUUACGUGGGGUCUGUUCCAGGAGAGCGUUUUGUAUCUGGGGAUGCGUAUAUCGCAGGGAGUUAUGAUUACUCCUACAACCAUAUCUGGAGAAACUACGGCAUUCUCCUGGGAUUUCUGAUUUUCUUCCAUAUUCUCUACUUUUCGCUUACAGAGCUGAUUCCUGGUACCAUACCUGCCCAUGAGGUCUUGACUUUUCGCAGUGGUCGAGUACCUGAGAUCACGAAGGGAUGUGACCUGGAGACAGGCACACAACAACCACUUUCGCUGGAGUUGAAGUCACGCACGACAGAGGACCGACCGUUGGUAGGAGGCAAGAAGGAUACCCUUCUUUGGAAAGGACUUAGCUACGAUAUUCCAAUCAAAGGUGGUGAACAGCGACUUCUGGAUGAUGUCAGCGGUUGGGUCAAACCUGGAUCACUCACUGCACUUAUGGGAGUUUCGGGUGCUGGAAAGACUACCCUCAUGAAUGUGCUCGCCCAACGUAUGAGCAUUGGAGUUGUCACAGGAGAUAUGCUGGUCAACGGCCAUGAGCCCGACGCUAGCUUUGCCCGAGAGACAGGCUAUGUCCAGCAGCAAGAUCUUCACGUGGAAACUUGCACCGUCCGCGAGGCUCUCCGCUUUAGUGCAACACUCCGUCAACCUCGCUCUGUCUCAAUGGAAGAAAAGUACACAUCCGUUGAGGAUGUGAUCCAAUUGCUUGGGAUGGACGAAUUUGCAGAAGCAGUUGUUGGAAAUCCAGGCGAUGGGCUAAAUAUGGAACAAAGGAAACUUCUCAGUAUUGGAGUUGAGCUGGCCGCCAAGCCUCAAAUUUUGAUAUUCCUUGAUGAACCCACAAGUGGCUUGGAUUCUCGAAGUUCAUGGGCCAUUUGUACAUUCAUGAGGAAGCUUGCGGACCAUGGUCAGCCCGUACUUGCCACAAUCCAUCAACCAAGUGCCAUUUUGUUUGAACAAUUCGAUCGUCUACUGUUCCUCGCCAAGGGUGGAAAGACAGUCUAUUUUGGAGACCUUGGUAAUCAAGCUCGGAUACUUUUGGAAUACCUGGAAGCAAAUGGAGCCCGUCCCUGUGGACCAACUGAGAACCCUGCUGAAUAUAUGCUCGACGUGAUUGGGAAUGGCACGGAAGGUCAGGCCCCCAUUGACUGGGUCGGCGCUUGGAGAAAGAGUCCACAAUAUCAGAAAGUACUUGAAGAGAUAGAGCUUCUUAUCGCCUUGUCUUCCGAUAUAACACUGAGUGAGCCCACACAGAUCGACGAAUUUGCGAUGCCAUUUGUGACCCAGUUUUGCGAGGUCAUGAAGCGCGACUUCCAACAAUAUUAUCGCCAACCGGAAUACAUCUUGGCUAAAUUUGGUGCUGGUGUCUUCUGUGGCUUGUUUAUUGGAUUCUCCUUCUGGAAAUCCGAUAACUCAAGCCAAGGCUUUCAGAACGUUCUCUUCAGCCUGUUUCUUCUGUGUACGAUUUUCUCCACACUGGUCAAUCAAAUCAUGCCCAAGUUUAUCGCCCGCCGAGAAUUAUACGAAUUGCGCGAGAGGCCGGCUAAAACCUAUUCCUGGAAGGUGUUCAUCUUAUGCCAAAUCCUUGUUGAGCUCCCAUGGCAAGCCUUGCUAGGGGUAUGUGCCUGGGCAUCGUUUUAUUUCUCGGUAUUUGGGAACAACCAAUCUCCCCAAAGACAGGUACUUGUUCUUCUAUUCACCGUACAGUUUUUCGUUUUUGCAUCCACAUUUGCACAGCUAGUGGUAGCUGCAGUUCCCAAUUUGGCCUUGGGUAGCAUGCUGGCUACAUUUACCUUUCUGCUAUGUCUGCUAUUCAAUGGUAUUAUGCAGCCACCGAGCGCACUCCCACACUUCUGGACCUUCAUGCAUCGUGUCUCCCCUUUGACCUAUUAUGUCAGCGGGAUAAGUUCGACUGCAUUGCAUGGCCGUCCAAUCCACUGUUCCAACCGGGAGCUGAGAAUUCUUAACCCUCCGGAGGGGCAGACUUGCGGUCAAUACUUGCUUGAAUAUCUCAGAGAGGCACCCGGGAGUCUUUACAAUCCGCUCUCUACCGAAAAGUGCCAGUAUUGCCCCCUUCGAUCGGCAGAUCAGUAUCUUGCGGCCCGAGAGAUCUCCUGGGACGAUCGUUGGAGAAACUUUGGAAUCUUCUGGGCGUAUAUUAUCUUCAACAUGAUCGGCGCAAUCGGGCUUUACUACCUUUUCCGAGUCCUACCUUACGCAAGAAAGAAUGGCGCUCGGAAAUCUCGAACCUGA